GGAUCUACAGAGUUUCCAGUCAUAUCAUAAACCACCAUAAUGCCAACAAUCAAUGCAACAAGAUAUACAAAUUAUAAAAAGAAAUUUAAUCGUGAAAUACAAAAACAAAAUGGAAGUACAUCAUCAGAUAUGUCUAGUGAACCUUCUAAAGGACUACUGGCAUUUUCUAAGAAUGAGAAUUUUGAUAAUUUUAAGUUGCCGUAUCUAAAACCCCCUAGCACUCUUCCAGUGAGGCCAAGACGUCAGAUUUCUGAGCGGAGGGAAUAUACCGUCAAUCCCUUCCCAAAACGAGCUUCAGGUCAUGGUAUAUACCAGUAUGAAAAUAAAUAUUUCCGAUACGAGGGACAAUGGAGGGGUGGAAUUAAACACGGUCAGGGAAAACUUCAGAUGGCCGAUGGUAGCUAUUAUGAGGGAACCUUUACAAAUGGUGAAAUUGAUGGCAAAGGAAUGCGGUACUUCUCACAGACUGGUAAUAAAUACACAGGACAGUUUUGUAAGGGGGAGCUGCAUGGUCGGGGGAUGAUGGUGUAUGCUGAUGGUUCUGUGUAUGAUGGGGAGUGGUAUAAAAACAGGAAACAUGGUUAUGGUGUAAUGAAGACUUUGGGGAUGGACUCUGAUGAAGUGUAUGAGGGAGGGUAUGAGGGUAACAUGAAACAUGGCGUGGGUGUCAUGAUGUAUGCAAAGAAGAUCCGCUCUGACGGGUGCAGAAAUGGUGACCGUUAUGAAGGAAUAUGGGUCAAUGACAUACGAGAGGGUCGAGGGAUUCUUUACACCAUUGAUGGGUCAGUUUAUGAGGGAGAUUUUAAGGCAGAUAAUUUUAAUGGAAGAGGCAAAAUGCAUCACAGUUCAGGCCUUAUUUAUGAUGGUCAGUGGGUCAAUGGCUUCCCAGAAACAAUGGCAACCAAACUGAAAGUAACUCUGAACAAUAACUCAGAAAUAGAUCAAAAGAAGAAACAACCAAAAGACAAGACCAAGGUGUCAAUAUUUCAGGGUAUUGGAUUUACUGUGACAGUGGAAUGCCGUAAUGAGAGUGAUAGAGUUAUCCCUGAUCAAGGUCGAGAAAUUCGACUGCUGGCAGGAUUUAAAUAUUAUCCCCCUGUAUCAAACAGUGAAAAGGAAGAUGCCCUGUUUGAUAUGAUUGAAGAUGAUGCAGAAGAAAAGCCGAUAGAAACACCGUUUGGUUAUUCUGUAGUUCCAUAUCCCAUCACAGACCAGAUUAACUUCAAUAUAGAGGACCUGCCAGAUGACGAGGAUCAAGAUGACACAUCCAAAUCAGUUAAUGAUCCAAAUCAAGGUCCUACAGUGGAAUCAGAAGAUGAAGAGUUCUCAGAAGAAAAACAGGAAAACGAAAACAAAGAAAACGAGAAGGAGGAAAACACUGAAGAGAAUGCUGAGGAGAAAGAUGACGAGGACAGGGGCGAUGAGAGUGGAAAUGAGGAGACACCUGAUGUAGAAAAAGAAAACACAGUUCCUCAGUUCCCUCCCCUAACAACAUUAAGAACCAGGGAUGGUGUAUGUACAUUUGAUGACCUCCAUUUGACCCCAGCACCUCCAAAAUACCGACCUUUUGAACGUAUGGAAGAGGCAGAGAGACUCAAAACACAAUCCAAAAGUAGAUCAAGAUCAAAAGAGCUUUUUACACCGUCAGUUUCUAGGCAGCCCAGUGUCUCUGAAUUCCGAGAUCAACCAAGCAGGAGACGAUCAUCCAUCAGGGAAACUCCCCCUCACACAUCGAUGUUUGAUAAAUUUAGAAUGAAGAAACAAAAAGCUAUGGAGGAGAAAUUUGCCAAACUUGGUGAAUAUGUUCUAAUAGUCCAGGACGUUACUGAGCCACCAUUUAUGAACCGACGUUUAGAGUCUGACUUUCUUCUAAUGAAGCUUAAACAACCUCCAAAGGAAUUUAAACGAGAAACUAAAAAGUGGGAUACAUCAUCACAUAUCAAGGCUUCAUCUCGAGUUAAAGAGGAUGAGUUACUGGCCAAGAGACAUCUCAAAGUUUAACAACACCUCCUUAGUAGACAUUAACUGCCUUAACAACGCCUCCCCUGAUGACUGUGAUCGACUGCCUUGCCAACCACAGCAUUGUCUCAUGAGCCAAGAAUUCCGUAUUUUUAUAGGUUUUAUAUUCUACAUCAUCUACAUGUGACAUUUUAUGAAAAGUCUGCUGAUUAAUGUUUAAUAUAUUCAGUUGCUUAUAAUGUUUACAUGUAUAUUCAGUUGCUGAUCACAGUUUAUAUUCAGUUACUGAUGAAAUUUAUAUUCAGUUGCAUAAUUUAUGUAGUCAACUUGCCUUGUGAUAUCGUAAUAUUUUUUGUGGAUUAUAUACACCUUUAUAUGACUGUCUUUCAUUUCUGAGAUUACACAUGCAGGUGUAUCUAUUGCGUAUCUAUCGUGUUCCUUUAGACUGCACUGUGUGUCUGGGACACUCAUAUAUUUUGUAAAGAAGUACUUGGAUAAAAAUUUACCAUAUGAUUGCAUUUAAAGAUUUUAAAUUUAUUUCGAGAGCUUUAUUUAAGUACAAUUGAGGUUAUAUUUUUAUUCUUUUAAAACUGUACUUUGUAGUGUAUAAACAUUUCAGAAUAGCA